CCAUCGACAUUCACUGUUCCUCCACAGGAGAUCUGAGUACUUUACGGUGGUAACACGACGUGUGGUAGCUGACUGCGGCGAACGACUUUUCGGGGCUAUUCCAUGAAGGACCGACCAUGGCAAACAGGAAACUGUUAGGAGAGAUUGAUAAGGUUCUCAAAAGGGUUGCGGAAGGCGUCGAGAUCUUCAGGGAGACAUUUGACAAACUCGAUGCUGCCACAACACCAGCUCAAAAAGAGAAGUAUGAGGGAGACCUCAAGAAGGAAAUCAAGAAGCUACAACGGUUGCGAGAUCAGAUAAGAACAUGGCUCUCAUCAAGCGACAUUAAAGACAAGAGAAAUCUUGAAGAGAAUCGGCGACUCAUUGAGGAGCAAAUGGAGCGAUUUAAAGCUGCAGAAAAGGCCCUCAAGCUGAAAGCAUUCUCAAAAGAAGGUCUCUUGCAGCCGCAAAAGUAUGAUCCAGAAGUGAAAGAAAGAGAAGACCUGGAGGACUGGAUAUCGGACACUGUAAAAGAAUUGAAUCGACAGGUUGAAGUUUUUGAGGCCGAGCAAGAAAGUCUACAAUUGCAAGCACGAAGAGGACGCAAAGGGGGCGAUGCGGCAAAGGCAGAGCGUUUAGCAGCAAUUGACCAUCAGCUCGAGCGACAUAAAUGGCACAUGACACAACUAGAAAUCAUUCAACGAAUGGUUGCGAACGAAGAGCUGAAGGUCGAACAGGUUAAAGCCAUAAAAGAAGAUGUAGAUUACUACGUCAAAAACAACCAGGAUCCAGAUUUCGAUGAAAAUGAAUACCUUUAUGAGGAUCUGGAUCUUGAGAAUCUGGAAGCAUAUGGUCUCAAGCCGGACGAUGGUCAUGAGGAGGGAGGAUAUGAACCCCAAACACCGCCCAAGGAGAAGGAUACUGCCGAACUUAAUCUCACAACUCCAGCCCGAGAUGCGAAGCAUCAUGACGACUCGGCCAAGCGAAAGUCAUCAAAGGAUAAAACUGACCUUGAGGAUAUUACGACCCCAACCAAGACAGCGAUCGUAAAGGCUGCCGCGAGAGUAGCAGCAGUUCCGAAAGCACCAGCUCCGGUACCAGUGCCGGUGCCAGUCCCAGCGCCUGUUCCAGUUAAAACGCCUGUGAAAGCUGUGCCAAUCACAACACGUCCCGUUGUUGCGACUCCGCGGGCUCCGGAGCCAGCCCCUGUGCCAAAUAUCACGCAACGAUAUUCGGCGGCAGCAGCUGCUUCAACACCGGACAGCGCAACUCGAGCUGGCGCAUCGCAACCCGUUGCUGCAGAUAAGCGAGCAGUUCCAAAAGCACGCGUCGUCGAAGAAUCACAACCUGCUGCGAUCCCUUCACCCUCUUCGCUACCAACUCCUCCGGCUCAACCCCCGUCAGGGACACAUCCACCUCUACCUGUUGCGGCUUCAUCGUCUGGAGUCGUGGAAUCCUCUCCAUCUGCUGUUCCUUCCGGUAGCAUAGUAAAACAAGCAGCUCCGACAGCACCGACAGAUCCAGCCAAGGACGAUGCCGCGGCAGAGCCCAUCGACAACCGAUUACCCCCAACACUUGCUGACUUGGUACAGUCAUUUGAAGCGACUCGUGACCGAUCCACAAGAGCGAAGGAUGACUCAAGUUUCCUUCAAGAAAUGUUGCAGACGAGUUUCCAAUUCUUACCGGAUCCGCUUGAUUCUGAAAGACCGAAGCACUAUAUUCCUAAAAACCCCUACCCAGUGCCCACGUACUACCCCCAAUUACCACUCCCUCUUUUUGAGAAUCCCAGUGUAUUUGAGAAAUUCGACACCGAUGUACUGUUUUUCAUCUUCUACUACCAGCAGGGAACAUAUCAGCAAUACCUAGCAGCACGGGAAUUGAAACGGCAAUCGUGGAGAUUUCACAAAAAGUACCUAACGUGGUUUCAACGGCAUGAAGAGCCAAAGCAGAUAACAGACGAAUACGAGCUUGGGACAUAUAUUUACUUUGACUACGAAGGAGCUUGGUGUCAAAGAAAGAAAGCAGAUUUCCGAUUCGAGUAUCGAUACCUGGAGGAUGCAGAAAUGUAAAGAUUGUAUUUAAGAUGUUCUCUGGUCAAUAACACGAAAUACCACCAGCGUUGUCAGAGUGUGGAUGCAAAGGC